UUCUGAGUGACACGCCAACCGGCCCAAUCCUUAACCAAAGCGCUUUCCUCUGUUAUCCAAUCCUGGGGAAGGGAGAGAUCAAAGCAGGAGAUUAAGAGGGGCAGUGACAGAAGCAGGGUGAGGCUGCUUGUAGCAUCUUGGAACGCACAAUGGCACGUAAGACCGUGCUAGCACCCCCGGCAGCAAUUCCUUCCUCUCCGGUGCAGGCAUUAGUCAACAAGGCUUCAUUUCAGAAGAGCCAUUAAAGGUAAUAAGUGAAAAAGCUUUCGCAUCUUGACAGAAGAAGAGAAAUGAUGAAUUCAUAGCUGAAAAAGAACAUUGGGGUUGAAGCCGUCGUUCAAACAAACAAACAAACAAAAACGAACGAAAGAAAGAAAACGCUCUGGUUCAAGAUGAAUUACAGAACGCCCACUGCAAGUAAUCUGUACCACAGUGGUACUACCAGGCCAGAGCCAGACCAUGGGACAACUGUUGAUGGGACCGGAUCAGAAACUGCUGCAAUGACACCUGAACCCAGCAGCUUUAACAGCACCAAAAUUCCAGAUGUGGCCAGCAAUGGCCCAGCCAUGGGGACUGUGCUGUUGUCCUUUGGCAUCAUUACUGUUAUCGGGUUGGCGGUAGCAGUGGUUUUGUAUAUUCGGAAGAGGAAACGACUGGAAAAGCUACGACACCAGCUCAUGCCCAUGUACAACUUUGAUCCUGCCGAAGAACAAGAUGAGCUGGAACAAGAACUGCUGGAGCAUGGCAGAGACGCUGCUUCUGUGCAGGCUGCCCAGAGCAAGGCAAAUCAAGGUGUUCUUCAGAGACCCAGUUGUCUUGUGUUCACAGAUGUUGCGAAUGCCAUCAGUGCAUGAAGAAGGCUUCCUCUAUGUGAGAUACAGGAAGAUGACACCAACCAGUUAGCAACUUACUGUGGGUAGUGACCAUCAAUUCUAGCUGGGAAAAGAGGCCAGGAACCUAUGGUUUUCAGGAAAGUGAAGACUGCCAGUGCUUCUGUUGCCAACAAACUGCCCCAUGCUGCUACACUCAGAGUUUGAUGGCAGUGCUGCAGGUACCAAGUUAUGUAUGACAGAAGAUGAGAGGUUAUUCAUAGAUACAUUGGUUGGAAUGAAUAUAGUAUCAGGCUUUGGGAACAGAGCAUUAAUUUCUAGGGCCUUUCUUCACUGAGAUACUG